AUGGUUGGCAACCUAGACUGUUGGCGUGUUUCUAUGUCGCCACCCUCCACAAUUAGACAGUUGGAGGGUGAACGAAUUUCUCCAUCAGUUCGAUUCUUGCAUAGAAGUUGUAAUCCAAAAACAAAAAGAACAGCUGUCUGUCAAGUAUUGGGAGUGACAUUUGACUGUUUACACCAAUCAUUGAAAUCAUCUGGUUCUGGUUGUGGUGUUAUUUUUGAUAUUAAAGAAAAGGAAAACAGUGGAAUGGGAAUGGGGGAAUGGGAGUGUGAAAACGGCCUGAUUCUGAAGGUCAUGGACAUUGAUGGAGAACUUGUCCCCCUCAUUGAAGAAAAGAUUUGGAAUCUUGGUUCACCUGAUCCUAACUUCACACUGGAUGCACAUCUCAAGGGAGUGAAUAGUGUGGAUUACUUUACUGGUGGUGAUAAACCUUAUCUUAUUACUGGAUCAGAUGAUCACACUGCUAAGGUAUGGGAUUAUCAAACUAAAACCUGUGUCCAAACUCUAGAAGGUCACACACACAAUGUUUCUACUGUAUGUUUCCAUCCUGAGCUUCCAAUAAUAAUGACAGGUUCAGAAGAUGCUACUGUUCGUAUAUGGCAUUCAACCACUUACAGACUUGAGAACACCUUGAACUAUGGACUUGAAAGGGUUUGGGCUAUUGGAUACAUGAAAGAUUCACGUCGAAUUGUUAUUGGAUAUGAUGAAGGAACCAUAAUGGUGAAAAUUGGACAUGAAGAGCCCGUAGCCAGCAUGGACAAUAGUGGAAAAAUUAUAUGGGCUAAACAUAAUGAAAUUCAAACUGUUAACAUCAAGAGUGUGGGAGCUGAUCAUGAGGUUUGGACUUUAAAAGAGAGGCUGCCUUUAGUAGUUAAAGAACUGGGAACAUGUGAUUUUUAUCCACAAAGCUUGAAGCACAACCCAAAUGGGAGGUUUGUUGUUGUCUGUGGUGAUGGUGAGUACAUCAUAUAUACAGCUUUGGCAUGGAGAAAUAGAUCAUUUGGGUCUGCAUUAGAGAUUGUUUGGUCAUCUGACGGUGAAUAUGUUGUUAGGGAAAGUACAUCUAAGAUCAAGAUCUUCAACAAAAGUUUUCAGGAAAAGAAAAGCAUCCGGCCAACUUUUUCAGCUGAGAAAAUAUUCGGAGGAUCUUUACUUGCAAUGUGUUCAAAUGAUUUUAUAUGUUUCUAUGAUUGGGCUGAGUGUAGAUUGAUUCAACGAAUUGAUGUCAAUGUCAAAGUAUCAUUUUUUUAUAAUUGUUUAUACAAUUAUUUCAUCAAAUGUUUGUUUAUUUGUUUCUUAUAA